AAACAAGACAUUGCCUCUCCGUAACGCUAACGUACAUUUUGAUACACACUUUGAAAGCUGUUAAGCAUCAUUCUCUCUCUGGUUUCUGCUUUAAUUAACCUUGAAAUUCAAGUUUAUCCACUUAAUCUCGGUCUGGAAACAAUGCAUUAAUUAACAUCUUUGACUUUAUAGUCACGUGUUUACUAUCGGCAUUCUUUUCUUCUAUAUUGUGUUACGAAAAUGGGAUAAAAUCAUUAACUUAACAAAACUCGCAUUAUCUCUGUUCAAGUAGGUACGCCACUUUGAUUAAUUUACGCUAGUGGUACAUCAACUUGAAUCGUUUACCAUUUUCUUUUUGUAUGCUUUUAAAGAAAUUAUAAGAGUCCUAGGAUUUUCUAAAUUGACGAAUAGAUUUGAAAAAUUAGAAUCGUCAGUGAAAACAGCCAAGUACGUGCAAGUUAGUAUCCACCGACCAACUUCACCGUGAAGUCCUAUUGGUAAAAUACUGAUGACACAAACAAUGUAUUACACACUAACAUGUCAGAUCCACACGUAAUGAGAUAUUAAAUAUUUGCAAAGAACAAAAGCGAAACAUAACAGAUAAAAUGAAUUGAAACACAAAAGAAUUCACAAGAAAGCUUCAUAUAUAUAUGACAUUGUUAGAAAAAAACGGAGAAAGUGUCACCAUUCGAAAAUGAACUUCUUUAUCUAUGGUAAACCCUUGGUAAAUAAAGAUUAAAAGGACGUAAAAAUAAAACUUAUCUUAAGAAACAAGAACCCAUAAGAAGUUAUCAAACAUUGACAGAGAUGUUGACAUAAAUGAGAUUUUGUCAAAAAGUAUCACUAGUAAUAGUUUAGUUAGUGGAGCAGAGUUUCUAAAGCUAAAAAAGAAAUCCACAACAAAUGUAAAUACAAUUGUCUUCAUGCAAGUUAAUUAGUCAUUAAAUAGCAUUCAACACCUUAAAUUAUAAGCCUACACUAAUCUUUAUAUUUCUUAUUUCUCAUCUAUUGUUUAGACUAUCUCUCCAUCCACUCUCUCUCUCUCUCUCUCUAUUGGUGUUUCUGAUUCCUGCAUCAAUUUUUGAUGAUAGCAUAUCCAAAACAAUACAUGGAGUCUUCUAGUGUCCAUCGCUCUCACCAUUGUUUCGAUAUAUUCGAAGGAAUGCCGCCACAAGACGAUCAUUUCAACUCUGCAUUCCUACCAAACGCCAACUUCCAUGUCCCAUUGCAGUCACCAAACUUAUCAACGCGCAGCAACAACCGCUUUCACUUAGACCCAAACGGAGAACACGUUUACGAGGGUCUGGUUCCAGACGAGAGAAGGGCGAAAAGAAUGGUCUCAAACCGAGAAUCAGCGAGAAGGUCGCGUAUGCGGAAGAAGAAGCAGAUAGAAGAGCUGCAGCAACAAGUGGAACAGCUCAUGAUCUUGAACCAUAACUUGUCCGAGAAAGUCAUCAACUUGCUGGAGAGCAACCACCAGAUCCUGCAAGAGAACUCGCAGCUGAAGGAGAAAGUCUCUUCUUUUCAAUUGCUCAUGGCGGAAAUGCUGAUACCGGUGAGAAAUGUGGAUGGCGGCAGCAUCAAUGACCGUAAUCUGAAUCAUCAUCAUCAUCUCAGAGGAGAGACUUCGAGCCGAACCAACACUUUCUUUGGUAGGUAAAACAAAAAAAAAAAGUUUCACGUUCUUGGAGUUGCUAAGUCAGUAAGUAAUACUAU